UAGCCUAACGGGACAAAAUGCCAUCUUUGGGGAUGCAGAUUUUAGGAGUUGCCCUGACGUUUGUUGGGACGCUUGGGUCGAUCAUAACCUGCGUCCUCCCUAUGUGGAGGGUCACAGCCUUCAUCGGCAACAAUAUCGUGACGGCGCAGAUGAUCUGGGAGGGUUUAUGGAUGGUCUGUGUGGUGCAGAGCACUGGUCAGAUGCAGUGUAAACUCCACGAAUCGAUGCUCGCGCUGGAACCGGACCUGCAAGCCGCGCGCGCUCUGCUCGUGCUCUCCAUCCUGCUCUCCGUCCUGGCUGUCCUCCUGGCGGUCGUCGGAGGCAAAUGCACCACCUGUAUCGAAAAUAAAUCCGCCAAGGCAAGAGUUGUCGUAUCUGCGGGGGUGAUUUUCCUCCUCUCCGGACUGCUGUGCCUCACUCCGGUCUGCUGGACGGCGCACAACACAAUUCGGGAUUUCUACAACCCGCUGCUGCAGGACGCGCAGAGGCGCGAGCUCGGGGCUGCGCUCUACACCGGCUGGGGUUCCUCAGGGUUGAUGCUCAUCGGUGGAGCGAUACUGUGCUGCCAGUGUCCGCCCAAAGAACAGCGACCGUUCGUGGCGAAAUACCCGACACCGAAAUCAAACGGCUCCGACAAAGAAUUUGUAUAAUGAACAUUUAGGGGACGAUCAGAACUUUGGUCAAGAUGUGCUUUUAAUUUGUGUUGAACCGAGCAUGCAAUGUUUGCUUGCUUUUUUAAUAUAACUUAUGUGUGUUUGUCAGUUUUAAUGUAGAACAUUUUACUAAAAAAAACUACAAUAAGGUUUAAUUUGUUAACAUUAGUAUGAGUUAUCAUUAACUAACAAACUUACUCAGUUAAAAUCGAGUUCUAGUGCUGUUAUAUUUAUGUUUAGUAAAUGUGUGGUUUAACAUGAACAUGAACAUUUUAAUGAACUGACAUUAGCAAAGUACAUGCAAAAAUGUAUUUCUAAAUUUUAGAUAAUGCAUCAAACUUAUGUAACACAAACUUUGUUAUAUGUUAUACCCUUUUAUGCACAUUUUUUUCUAAAUGUAAACUACUUACACAAAGAAAAAAAUAAACCUCUGUUGAAUUAACAGUCAAGUGACGAUA